GAACAAAGACUAAAAUACUUCAUUAAUGAAUCCAUCUUCUCUACCUGUUCUCAGGGGGAACUAGACUCCGCCUCCUCCAGCCUAAGCCCCGCCUUCUCCGCUCACCUGCAGGAGGCUGAACAACGAAUCAGAUCGCAGAGACAGCUGGACCAGCUGCAGCUGGAGGUGGAGCUGCUGCAGAGAGAGAAGAAGAACGCCGACGUGGUGCACGCUUUCUAUCUCACUCGGCGGUUCCAGAUGCUCCAGGUGUUGUGCGCUCACCUGCAGGACGUCCUGAAGGACCAGACCAGUCUGAGACAGAGGCUGAUGAAGCCGCUGGGACGCACACACCUGCCGGUCCCAGCUCACCUGCACAGGUCUGUG